AUGCGUCUGGUGCAGGCCAUCCGCGGCCCCGCCGAUCUGCUCUGGGUCGAUUUGGACCAUAGGAGCAAAGCCACCAGCACCCCCCCCCCCUCCAAGUCCAGAGGGCCAACCCUGGGCCAAAGCAUCUCCGCCACCCACAUUGCAACCGCAACCGGGGUGAGCGAAGAGACCAUCGUGGGCAUGAUGCGGGCUGUCACCCCGUGCGGACCGUUUCGCGAGCCAGCCGUCGAGACAUACACCCACCCGCCUGACUCGGAGAUGGCUCUGCUGGUGCCUCCCAUGCGUGCCGUCUUGGGUUUCAUGGGCGCGGUGCCUUUCCGUAUCUGGACGAAGCUCAGUCAUGAACCACUCAACUUACUCCGCAAUCUCUGUCCACACCACCAGCGGCAGGACAGCUUGAUCGGCUUGCGCAGCAACCCGUCCACCCUCCGUGCAUCAAUGCGAAAACCAGACGAUGUCCGAGAAUAUCUCGCAGAGCCCCGAGCGACUAUUCCGGCUGAACGAUGUCAUGGCCGAGAUCUCGGGCGGGGCUAUGCUCUGUAUCUCUGCUCCGAGCAAUACGAGGCUGUCAUUGACUGGAUUGAUUCUCGUGGAGUCCCCGCGUUUUCGUCCCCGGACUCGGUUUCUUCCCGAUGCUUCCCCCUCCUAACCCUAAUCCAGCACCACAUACUUCACCUGGUCGACCGUCUCGAUAUCCAGUUUCCCACCCCGAUGCCAAGUCUGGGUGACUGGGAAGAUGCCUUCACCAAAGCCAAAGCCCCUCUGGCGCAUAUGACCGACGCGGCGAAGAAAAACAUCACCUACGGCUCCUCGUCGACCACCAAUGCCUGCUGGUCAAAAACACCAACCACACCUCCCCCUCCAAGCCCCACGCUUCCCUCUCCUUCUUCGACUACGACGCGGGUCGCCGCCCCGCAGAACACGAUGGACGAACUUAGCUGGAGCAUGUGGUCCAUUUCAUCCGGGGUUCGGGUAUGGCUUGACGUACGCGGAGUUGAAAUUCAGUACGAGGAUUUGGGGGUUGAGAGGGUGGAGAAUGCGAGCACCUCUUGUUUGGCCCCGGAUGUGCAGGACGGGCUGGAAGAGGGAGGGUUGGCCGCGCGGUGGGAUGCGGUGAUGAGGGUGCGCUGUAUGGUGAAGAACACGGAAGAGGUUGCCGCGAAGGAGGUCGUGCAGUUGUCGGGGAGGGUUAGUUUUUAA